CGAAACCUUAGCUUUGCAUCUUUCUCAUGCCUUCAAUAUUUACUUUCGGCUUGCCGCGAUGCUUGCAUCUUGAAGUCGUUAAUGAUAUCAUAUCUAUCAAAUUGAUCAUAGAAGACAUCUAAUUUUGGAAAAAUGUCACUCUCUAAACCGAGCACCAUCAUUUAUGGUCUGCUUGGUGCAUAUUUCCAGCGGCUGUAUACUAAUCCCUUGAAAACGAAGGCUAUAACAAGUUGUGUCAUUGCUGCCCUUGGCAAUUUGGUAUCUCAGAAGUUGUCAGGUGCUAGACACCUUAAUGAAGACAGUAUCCUUGCCUUUGCUCUAUUUGGCCUGUUCUUUGGAGGGCCAGUGCCUCAUUACUUUUACACAUAUAUACAUUUGCUCGUAAGACAUCCAUUGGGUAUACUUUUGAUAGAAAGACUCAUUUAUACACCAUGCUUUCAAGCGCUGGCACUUUAUAUGCUUGCCAUUUUCGAGGGCAAGUCUCAUCGAAUAGCAUGUAAUCAAAUGCAAAAAUUGUAUUUACCGAUGUUGAUGGCUAAUUUAAAAUAUCUGACACUGCUCCAGUUUAUCAACAUCAAAUAUAUUCCGCCAAUGUUGAGAGUGUUGGUGGUGAAUCUCGUGGGUUUCAUAUGGGUCAUCUAUCUUGCAAAUAAGAGGGCAAAAGCUUCAAAAGAAAAAUAGAAAAAUCUACAAUCUGUUAUUAUUAUAUAAUAUAUGAUUCAUAUAUAUGCAACGAUAUGAGUAAUAUCUUUGUAUAAUAAUUAUAAGAAAUUACGGUGGAAAUAAGUUAAUAUAUGUAUAAAGUAACAUUACUGGAUUCCUCCAGAAAGCAAAAGCAUUUUAUAUGAAUGUGAUCAAUUUAUAAAGUACGAAUUAUCAGUACUUUAUUGUACAAAGUAAAAAUAAUAUAAUGCAUUUCAUUGUUGUUAAUA